AUGGAGCCAAUAGGGCGCAGUGGUGGACCGUCGCACGUGGCCAGAGACCAUGUCUGUGAGGAGGUGGCAACUCAGAGAACGGUUCGAGAACCUUGUACACUCAAAGCUGCCUUUGCUGCACUAGGCUGUGUAGACUCCGCUGCAGGAUUCAGCUCAAUAGCCGAAAGUGAAGACGCCCUCCUCAGACACUUAUUCCAAGGUUAUCAGAAAUGGGUUCGCCCUGUGUUAAAUUCUAAUGACACCAUAAAAGUAUAUUUCGGAUUGAAAAUAUCUCAGCUGGUAGAUGUGGAUGAAAAGAAUCAGCUGAUGACAACAAAUGUGUGGCUCAAACAGGAAUGGACAGACCACCAAUUACGCUGGAAUCCUGAUGAAUACGGUGGAAUUCGUUCAAUUAAAGUUCCAUCAGAGUCUCUCUGGCUUCCUGACAUAGUUCUCUUUGAAAAUGCUGACGGCCGUUUCGAAGGCUCCCUCAUGACCAAAGUCAUCGUGAGAUCGAACGGCACCGUCAUUUGGACGCCUCCCGCCAGUUACAAAAGCUCGUGCACCAUGGACGUCACGUUUUUCCCGUUCGACCGGCAGAACUGCUCCAUGAAGUUCGGCUCGUGGACUUACGAUGGAACCAUGGUUGACCUCGUUCUGAUGAAUGAAAACGUUGACCGGAAGGACUUCUUCGAUAACGGAGAAUGGGAGAUCCUCAACGCAAAAGGGCUGAAGGGCAGCAGGAGAGACGGCGCCUACUCCUACCCGUUCAUCACCUACUCGUUCGUGCUGCGCCGCCUGCCCCUGUUCUACACGCUCUUCCUGAUCGUGCCCUGCCUGGGGCUGUCCUUCCUGACCGUGCUCGUGUUCUACCUCCCCUCCGACGAGGGCGAAAAGCUGUCCCUGUCGACGUCGGUGCUGGUUUCCCUGACGGUGUUCCUCUUGGUCAUUGAGGAAAUAAUCCCCUCUUCCUCCAAAGUCAUUCCUCUCAUUGGGGAGUACCUGCUGUUCGUCAUGGUGUUCGUGACCCUGUCGAUUAUUGUGACUGUUUUCGUGAUUAACGUUCACCACAGGUCCUCUUCCACUUACCACCCCAUGGCCCCCUGGGUGAAGAGACUGUUUCUGCAAAAGCUUCCUGCAUUGCUUUGUAUGAAGGACCACGUGGAUCGCUACUCUUUCCCAGAUAAAGAUGAGAGUCAACCAGUGGUGAAAGGUAAAGCUCUAGAAAAAAGGAAGCAAAGACGGGUGAGCGAGGGAGAAGCAGUUCUCGUUGCUUUCUUGGAAAAGGCCGCUGAGUCCAUCCGAUACAUUUCAAGGCAUGUGAAGAAGCAGCAUGUCAUCAACCAGGUGGUACAAGACUGGAAAUUUGUAGCCCAAGUUCUGGACCGAAUCUUUCUGUGGCUCUUUCUGGUCGUGUCAGUUACAGGCUCGGUUCUGAUUUUUACUCCUGCUUUGAGGAUGUGGCUCCGUAGUUCCCACUAG